AUGGGAGAUGUCAUCAAUUGCACAAGAUUUUUUUCUCGAGUCAAUGAUUUGGUCCCAUUACCAGAAGAACCAGUCGACAUUCCUCAAAUUCCUCUCAUUUCGUUGGCAUAUCGUGUUGGAAACGUUUUAGGUAUAUUUGGUGAGAAAGUAACUGAACAACACAUGAUGAAUGCUCUUCAACAAACAAUUCGUCAAUGGAGAGAACAAGAACUACCGGUUGAUCUGCAUGAUUUUACAUCGUGUUCGAAAUUAGAUGUAUUUCCAGCGAAAUUUGUCAUCUUUGUGGAAUUGACUGAAGAUCAAGGAUGCAAAAUUGAUGCGCAACAACUUCGAAUUCUUCAGAAUACCGCCAGUGCGGAAGUCGAUCAACAACUUUGCAAAACGAACCAAGGUUAUUCAAAUGGUCGAAGUGCAGCAAGACUUGAUUCACUUGAUUGUAUUUUUGUUCGAACUGGAACAUUCUCGACAUUUGUGGCCAAAUUCUUGAUGACCGAUCGUACGAGUCCUGUGCAAAUCAAACCUAAUCGAAUACUGAAGAAUGAAGAUCACAUUCGAUUCUUUUAUGACAAUCAAAUUGAUAUAUCAUCGCCGUAA